AUGGUAGCCAAACGGCCGGGACUCAUGCAAAUCUCGGUCUCCCGAAGUGCCGAAGAGCAGCGGUUGAUCCCUGCAUAUUGCAGCAACCUUGCUCGUCGCGCCAAAGAGCUUGAGACUUUCCGUAAGCAUCUCUACGCCGAUGCCAAAGGUGGUGAAUUAUCUUUUGGAAUCAUGGAGCGCAUCUCUCCGCAUGCCAUUGCGGUGUCAAAUCCCCUGUUCUCACGACUUGAGCAGCUUCAUAUCCUCCUUGGUCGUGUUUUUGUUGAUAUCGUGGACCGGUGGUUUACAGACGAGAAAGCACGUUUUCCGGAGCGUAUGCCGUUAGAUCCAUCGGAAGAGGAGCUUCUCAGAUGGGUAGCAUCCAGUGGUUGCGUUCCCGACUACGCCGAACAUGCUGGUUGUUGGCGAAGUGACUUGCUAUUUGGCCGCAGUCCAGAUGGCUUACGUGAUGAGUCGCCGUAUGUAUGCGAAAUUAACGGAAGGCUGCCUCUAAAUGCCGUAAUGGGAAUUGCUCUGAGUGAGAAUGGCCUUCGGAAACUCGGUGCGAGCAACGGAGGACUUGAGCCUGUGAAUAGUAUUGAUACUUCUUACAACAGCCUCAUGGCAAUGUUCAACCCCGAAAAGCAACUUUUCUCCAUCAGAGAUAAGUGGCCCGGCGCUGACUCGAAGAUUCUCUCAGCUGUCAAUGUUGCGCGUGGAAGGCCUCCGGUUGAGGCAGUUCGUCCUCAAGACCUGGAAGUUCGCCCUCAUGGAACUUCUCCAACUGGAUUUGCUCUCUGGGAUAAGGUCACGGACAGGCUCUUGGAACAGUGGUUUGUUGAGAUGUUACAGGAAGAGUAUGCCGAUCUGGAACCAGCUGUCGCUCGCCAACUGUCCUUGACUCCUCUCAAUGAUCUUCGAACUGUAUUCAUCGUGCAUGACAAGAGACUCCUUGGCAUAAUACCUGAAGAGCUUCCGAAGAUGGUUUCACGCGGUGUUUUGACCGCCGAAGAGGCCGACAUCAUUGCUGACGGGAUCAUCCAAACGAUCAAUCCGGGUUCAGAAGGCCUUCAAAAUUUACUACGAGAGUCAAAGUCAGACCCAAACAUCAGGAACCACUACAUAUACAAGCCUUGCCGUGAUGGCAUGGGCCACGGUAUAGAACUGGGCAAGAACCUUACGCAGGAAGCCUGGCUCGAACGUCUAGAGAAGCUCGCAAACCGAGAUGUUCUUCGACCUCAUGAUGAUGCAGCUGUCAUUCAGAGGCUGGUAGACCACAACUGGUAUGACGUGGUUCGUCAUGAGGUUUCGACAGAUGAUGGACCGAAACCUAACAAGUUCCAUCUCAUCGGAUCCAUGUUCAUGUUCCAGAACCGCAAGUUCUAUCCAGCUACUUGGCGUAUGGGCCUUGAGACCCAUCUCGGGAUCACUUCCGAUAAGCCUGGACUGGUCAUGGCGAUGGUGCAUCAGCCCGACUGGCCAACUGGGGAGGAUCAAGAGGAAGAGCUAUGA